CGCUCAGCGCGCGCCAACAAAAUGGCGGCCACUAGAGGAGGUAUAUGGAAUGCUAUUUUUGCUGCUAUUUACCUCUUUUGAACGUUUUAAUUGACGUUUUCUUUCUUUAACUUUUAGGGGUAUGGAGACCUUACAAGGAGCUCCAGGCAGUGGUAGAGCGAUCACUGUACAAGAAAAGUCCUGAAGUCUAUCAUGAACUUGAGGUUUCCUUGAAGAAAUUUAAACCAGAUUUUAUCUCUUUACUGAAGAAUCCGGUAAGCUCUGUUCAGUUUGCAGUGGAUAAGACUCAAAAUUAAGCCUAGCUUGUUCCAGGCGUUCAACCGUUUCUCACUACUGUGGAACCUCGAUUUAACGAACCCUGGUAUAACGAACGAUUUUCCUUGAGCCCAGCCAAAAUUACACUAAAAAUAUGUAUGGAACAGAACCUCGAUUUAACGAAAUCCCCGUUAUAACGAACACAAUCCACGAACGCAGACGUAAAAUUUACCUCGAUAUAACGAAUAAAUGUCAGCAUGUGAUAAAAGAUGAAUGCCAAACAAACCAACAAGGAUGGAAUUUAUGUGUACAGUACAUGUGUAGCUUUAAGCAAUUUUGUUUGCCUGUUUUUGAGUUCCUAGUGCCGUAGCUAUGUAUAGCUCAGUAGUGAAAUGUUAUCACAGUAAUUUUUCAGAUCCGAAAAUGCUGGGUUUUGUAAAUUAAUUAUUAACUUUACCUCGAUAUUACGAACAUUUUAGUCAUUUUCCUGAAAAUUCGUCAAAUGGAAGUGUUCGAUAUAAGGAACCCUCGAUAUAACGAACAAAUUUCCCCGGUCCCUUGGUACCACUGUAUUUGAAUACGUGGAAAUGACUAAAUUAAGCCAAAAUAAAAGUCUUGUAACUGAACUGUACCAGCUUUGCAUACAUUCAAAUGACAGUUUCUACAAAUUAUAUAUAUAAGUCUGGUGAGGGACAAUAUUUUGAAAAAAGUUAUUAAUGUAUUCAAAAUUUAAAAGCAAAAGUGGGAUUGUGGAGCAUGACAAGCCACAUUGUUAUGUAGAAGUCCCUUUUCUUUGUGCAGCAAACUAAAAUGACACAUAUGCGUGCAGGCUUCUGAAUGUCAACAAGACAAUAACACUUAAAACAAAAAAAUAGUAUGUCAGAAAACUGGGUUGUAAGACAGGAAGUGCCCUAAGCAUAGUAUCCUUUUGACAAGAUUUUGAAAACAAUUGCUUAAAUUUAUUCCAUGAGAAGGUCGUAAAAAUUUCUUAGAACUUUCAAAGGUAGAAACCUUGCAAUAGGAGAUUGAAGUAGCAGGCAAAAAAGGAAACGACUUUGUUUCCCUCUCAACGCUAGGUGAAAAAUGCAGACCAUAGAGCUCAGUUGAAAAAAGCACCAACCACUGGCCUUCAACUGGCUGGUCAUGCUGAGAAACAAAAGCUCCCUGAGCAGUUUGUGCAAGAAUCUCUCAUACUCAGUGACAUCCUUGAACUGAACGAGUUUGUUUGUGCGGAUUUGCUUCUCGCUGGUGAGCAGCAGCAACCCAAUUUUCCUGGUCUAACAAGAGGACUUGUAGCAGUGCUCUUGUAUCAUGAUGGACGAAGGUGUCUAGCCAGUGCUUUGAGAACAUUGAUCCAGUCACGUGAGGGAAUGACAUGGACACUUGGUCUAUAUGAGGACUUAACACAGUUGGUUACAAAAUUUACGGAUGAGCUUGUGAAACAAGGUAGUAUCAGUCUAUUAAGGAUGGUUUUCACCAACAAUAGAAUCAGAGUCAGAGCCAUAAUCCGUUUUAACAGAGUCAUCAGAGCUAUUAUAACAUAAUGUAAAAAAUAUAGUCUAGAUUCAUUCCUUUGGGAUGAGUGGGAUCAGGAUCAGUGAUCCGAAGUCACUCAAUCGCUGAUCCUUAUACAGAUCAUCCCAGUGGAAUGCACCCAUAAGCUUGACAGUAUCAAAGUCAUGAGAAUCAGGGCUGGGUUGUUCGAAGCUGGGUUAAGGUAACCCAGAGUUAGCGCGAACUUUGAACUCAGAUAUUAGAGCUUAAAAUUCAAAUUCAGUUUAAUUCUUUUUGCCUACAAUUUGAUGAUUGGAUACUCUAAAAAGAAUAGAGAAAAUUAUCCAAGAAAAAGAAAGCCGGGUUAAAAUUCAACUCCGGGCUAGUGCUAACUGGCACUCGAACAACUGGGCCACGAACAAUAAUCCAUUUUCUUCUGACUCUACUUAUGACUUUGCCACUCAUUACCUAAUCAAAAUGAGGUCAUUGGAUGCAAAAGCAGAUUGAAGGGUAACUUGGUCAUAAUGCUUGUUCUUACACUUUCCUGCUGGGUUAGUUCUUCCACCUCUGCCUUCAACACUCUUUUCACAAGGCAAAGAACAUUAGACAAAACUCCCUGCUUCUCAUUAUGACUACCUGUUUUUACUCAAUCCGAUUGCAGUAUGUCCUUACAGAAAAGUUAGCAAUAUGUUAAUGAAGAUGAACACAUUAUGCAUAAUUACACCUAUAUGUUAUAAGUUGAACAUCCUGGAAAAUAUUGCCAGAAAAUGAUUCUUAGCUUUUGGUACUGAUAAAUUCCACUGUGAAACAACAUCUAAAAACUAUACAUGGGGAACAAUUUUGUUCCUGCAAAUAUAAUAUUAUUAUUGUUUUGCACCUGUUCAUUAUCUUUGCUUUAUCUUGUCUUCUAGGACUAACAACAACAAUUCUUCAACAACUUGAUCAGCUUGAUGUUCAAAAAGAACUUGAUAAGCUUGAAAGAGGACAAGCAAUAGGAGAUGAACGUCACAAACAACAACUAAUAGACUUCAUUACAGAUCAAAGACAGCUCUUGGCAGAAUGUCUCUUCUGCUUUGCUUGUCAAUCACCUCUCCCAAGAAGUGACUGUCUUCAACUAUUGUCCUUUCUUAAGAAGUGUCCAUCCACUGAGGCAGAUGGGACACUGGACAGUGUCACUCUUACUUUGUUGAUGACUAUGUUGUAUUGUUUAAAUGUCGAUCCUCUUGAUGAAGCAGCAGAAAUGCAAUCUUCUUUUCGAGGUGAGGAGUACUACAUUAUUCUUGUUCUUUUCUUCGUGCUUUAUCUUCCAGGUAAAGGGUUGUCAAAAGUAGCUGGCUGCCGGUGAAAAAUCACCGCCUACUUGAUUAGUACAAGUAUUGGCCAGCUACUCUGCUUGGCAUUUCUUUACGGAUGGCGUUUUUUAAAUAAUAUAUCCCUGGACUGGCUGCUUACUUUGACAACUCAUCUGUCUACUUCAAAACUUUCUGACAACCCUGCAGGUGUAGCAUGAUUUAAUUCAAGACAGAAAUCUUUUGUUCAUGCUGUGUGUGACUACAAAACUGAGCACAUUACUCAGUUUAUUGCUGCACUUUUCGAUAACACACAAACUCUGAAACUUAAAAUCCAGCUUAUAAUAAAUAGCAUUUUUCGCUACUGUCAAUCAUCAAUCACAGGCAACCAACUUUGAAUCCCAGAAACACACAAAAUGGAUCGAAGUCCACCGAUACCAAAUCACAAACCAUGACCUUUUGAACUCUUAAAGUAAGCAACUGUUUCCCAAGAGGUCCGCUAAGAUGACUGACAGCAGCUGUUAGUUGGCUUUUAAAGUUCAGAAUGCCAGUAUUUUCGAAAAGUGUAGUUAUUAUAGAUUUAAGAAGGUAAUUUGGACAAUUGAUUUUGUAAGCAAGUGUUUUCUCUUUUGAGUAGUUUCUUAAGUCAUUACUCAAUUUGUACAAACUCUGUUGGUAUCUACAAGCAUCUAUGAUACCCGGUGAAAUCUGCUUUUAACUAGUGUAUUUUGAACAUUAUUUUACAGAGGAAAAUUUUCCAUUGUUGUCAGACCACAGUUUUAUUCCAGAGUUUCAUCAGGAAAUCAUUCAGGAAGGCACUUGGGAAAAUCCAGGGUUGUGCGCGUGCAUCCAGUUUGCUUGGGCAUUAGUACUCCGAUCUUGCAGCCAGUGGCCAAAUAUUGUUGGGGCUGUUGAAGUCCUUGAGGAAGAUGAAGGAGUUCUGGAUCUUGCUGUGGAUGAAAAUGUGUUUGGUUUUCUUCGGUACUGUGUUCUAGGAGCAAGUAAUUUUCACCAAGAGGUAUUUGUAGAUCCCAGUUCUACCACCUUUCAUUGAAUGAUGCUGCUUUGCCGUUGCUAGGGAUUUUUAUGGAAAUUAAGGCCAGAUUUAUAUUUUUCUUUGGAAUGCACUGGUACUUGCCAUUAAAAUGUUUAACAGUGCCCUCCCUUGAAGACACUUUUGGAAAUUAUAGAUUGAAGUGUAUAUGGCAAGAUUUUUUUCAUUUGCUAGGUGGAAUCUACACAUUGUUCUUCUGGUGGGGUACAAAAACAUGCAACUGAAAAUAGGAGACUGGGAAUGUUUGUGACCUCAUGUCAGUUAGGACAUUCUGUUUCAUGGCAAGCAAAUUUUCCUCUUAUUUAUUUCUUGCUGCAAAACAGAAUAUCGUGAAAUGAUAUCACAAUCAUUGCCAGUCUCCUGUAUACAUUCGCACAGUUUUGUACCCCACCAGAAGUGAAAUUUCAUGUUUUUAGUUCUUCAAAAGUCAGCAAACAAAAAAUUCUGUCAUAUACAGUCACUUUUAUUUAAAGCAGUUUUUGUUUCAAACAGUACCAGUGGACUCACCAAAAUUAAAGGCUACACUGGAGGCAAAUUUUCUAAAUAUAUACCUUUGUUAAUAAUCUUAUUCUUAGGAUCACCUAAAUAAUAAACAAAAAUUUAAUGUGCUUUCUGACUUUGCCAAGGUUUCCAAGAGCAAAAACUACAGUUUUCAAGAUGAUAAGUUGUAUUUAUGAAAGUAAAAUAAUGUAAUCUUUUUUUCAGGAGUACUUUGUUCAAAGAUUACACUCCUUAGUAACAGGCUUCAUUGUUAAGAUGCCAUUGAAGGUACGGCUUUUGUCAGAUUUCUUACCACAAAUCCUCUUCAUUCUCCCCAAGACACAAUAUUAUUGUAAGUUUAAAGUUGUGUUUAUCUCUUUACAAACACAUAGGUCAAGGAGCUGCGUAACCAUGGUGAUGAAGCUGCGCGGAUCCUUCAAGCACACAAACUAGAUGGUGUAGAACCACCCGCUGGUCUGCCGAGACACUUUGAAGACUUCAUGAGAAUGGUUUGUGGGAAAAUCAUGUAAAAAAAUAGAAAAUUAAUAUUCGUUAGUCCUCCUACUGACUCAUUUUAGUACAGCUUUAAACUACAUUUUAAUGGUUUUUUGUCAUUGAGGUUAUAGUUAGUAGACGUUUUUAUCUAUUAUUACAAUUCAUGUCAACUAAUAAUACUAAUAAAUAGUAAUAACAAUAAUAACAAGAACAUUAACAAAAAAAGAGCCAUUGGAGUUGUGCAAAAGAGCCAGAGACCCCAUACAUUAUGUGUCUGGAGCAGUUUUUUUUUUUCAUUUGCAUUUUUGUUCAUGUACAAGGUUACUUUGAUUCUUGAUUUCCUUUGUUCCCUAGCUCUGGGAUACAAAGGAAGUUGAGAAUCAACCUAGGUUAACAAGUUUUAACUUAAAUUCAAAUUUGACCUCUAAUGCAUAUACAAGACGUAUACUGAGAACUGUACAACUUGAAGACUGAUGUACAGAAAAAUACAACUAGUUGUUAGAGGAUAUAGAAUCAGAGUAUAGCCAGGGAAAAUACAAGAUGAAAGUUGCAGAGAAUUCUCAUAAGAAAGUUUUUUUAGGCACAGACAAGGCCAAAUGAUCUUUUUAUCUGCAGAUUGGAGAACUGUAUGAUGAUGAUCCAUCAGGUCUUGAACUUGCUACAGAAUUCUGGUGUCCUACAGACACAAGCUUGUCAGCUCCCUUUUCACCUUACAGUUCCUCUAGAAUUUCACCAGCCGUAAGGCAGCGCGCUUCACAGAAACAGGUAGGUAUUUACAAUGGCUGAAGGCCAGCGGCAAGUUGUUGAAAAUGGAGAAAUCAUGAUUAAACUUUGCUUUAAGCCAAAUUAACCAGAUAGUCUGACAGUGGUCAGCAGUGUUAACUCAGGUGUGAAGAGGUCAUUGAAGUCAAGGGAACAUUAUGUCACUAAAUUGGAUUUCCAAGAACUCUUUGGAUCCUAAUCCUAUACUCCCAGUGUCCUUUGCUAAGAGGUGUUAAAAAAAUAGUUACAUAUUUUGAGUUUGUGGAUGAAAUCCUUUGAUGUGACCAUUUAUACUGCUCUCACAUCAUAGUGGUGGUUCCAUUGUUAUACAAUCAAAUGUGGGAAAUCUUGUCUUGGACUUUAAUUUUUGCCUCUUCUGGAAGUGAAAGAUUAAAAGAACCUCUCCUGAGGACAACAUUGUCACAUAUUUUUAAGUACUACAGUUGUCUGUACUAAUUUUCCAGUUUUUCAUUGUGAUGGCUUUCACUUGCGAUUUAUUUUGAAGCAGAAAAAUUCAGUACCACUCAAAAGUAAGUUAACAUGCCAGUCGCAUCUUGGUUUCUGGAGUGAGGAUCAGUGAAUCUGCAAUUUUUGGAAUGCAUUAUCCAUGACCCAUCCUGUGUUAAGUCAACUAACUUUGCAUAUCAUUAUCUCAGAGACAGAAAAAAUGGGUGUUGGAUUUUGAAUAAUUUUAAAGUUUCCUUGAGCUUGUCAUCAGCAUGGUAUUUAAAUGGAAUUUUUGAGUUUUUGGAUAAUGUUAUAGCGAUAGAUAUUUGACCUUUUGGUUGCUGAAACAUGAAAACUGCUUGUAGUGUCAUUGAGUUUGUGAAUGAACACACCCCUACGGACGAAACAAAAAUUCCAUAACUCGUAUGUAUGACGUAUCUUUGCUUAGGUUAGUCUCAACAAGUUUCUUCGCUUGGCUGGAGAUCUUUUGCCGCCUUCACUGUUUGUACCAUAUAUGGAGAUGUUAACAGGCCUCUCAAACAGCCCUCAAGCUGCUCAUUACUGCUUUAACCUCCUCAAAUCCACAGCAAAUGGACCUGUAUCUUGGGAUCACUUCUUUGCUUCUAUAAAACAGUAUUACAUGGAUCUAAGACAGGAUGGUGGACAUGCAGGUAGAUUACUAUAUUAUAUGUUCAUUAAUAUUCUUGUUUUUUCUUUUUUUUUUAUAAUUAUGCCUGGUUGUUUCAUAACAUUGCCAUGAGUGCAUGCAACAUUUAUCCAGUUUUUCAGUUACCAAAAAGUUUUCUUUUUCUUGAAUGUAUAACAAUUAUGAUAUUUACCUUGACUGUUGUAGAGUAAGGUUAGAACAUGCUAGGUGACAAGCUGCAGCAACACGUUGCUGUGACACUUCACAGCAACAAAUGCUUUGUGUGUACUGGAGAAUUUUUUGGUGAAAAUAUUUGUGUCGACAAUUUGAUUUGUGCAACUUGUUGGGGUGACAAAAUUCUGUUGGUGAGACAGAUUUUCCUCAAAAUUCUCCAGUAUACAUGAAACAAUUUGUUGCUGCUAGUGUCACACAAUUUGUCCUUAUACCUGUACACAAGAAGUUACUCUUUGCUGUGAUGUGUUGCAGUAAUGUGCCCUAGUGUGUUCCAACCUUUAGAGGGCCUGGAAAUAAGGAAAAAUACUACCGAAUCAUGGCCUGUUUCAUUUGUUUUUGUUAGGGUAUAAGGUGCUCAUGUUGGCAUUGUUAAUCCUUGAACUUGUUUCUCUUUAGUUACAAUAUAUGGAGGACUGAACAGGGAUACCAGUCACAUUCACAGGCCUGCUCACCUGUCAAAUCGCAUCAUAACACAAGAGGAGUUAGAAGGUCUAGAGUCAGUGUUGAGACUGACAGAGAGAGUGGCUGAUCAGGUGGGAUGUUACAAGACAAUUUUACUUGCCUUAAAGACUGAAUGUUAGCUAAGUGGGCCAGAGCUUAUGCCUUUAGCAUAAAACAACCAAGAAUAUAGGAUGCCAUUCCAUCACUGGGUUACCUUUUUCACUAGUGCCCAUUUGGGUUAAGUGAGGCACUGCUUGUGAGAGUCAACACAGUAUAGUAUAGUUUGAGUCUGGUGCAUGCCCUAUUUUUAGAGAUAGCAUGUUUUCGCUUUCUAGGAUGAAAAAGCUCGUUUGGCUAUGUGUGAAAGUCAAGCUUGGCUUCCCAUUGCGUCGUUGUUUGGUCUGCUUGGUUGCCCUGUGCCUGUGAGCCUCAAGGCUCAGAUUCUCUCCACACUUGCAGCAUUUGCAAAGUCUCCUGAAGUUGCUUCAUCAAUGUGGCAUACCUUAGAACUUUCGCAGGUGUGUUAAGACUGUCAAUAUUAAAUAUCCACGUCACUCAGUAAAAAAGAUCACUGAUUGACCCAUUUUUAUUUUAUAUUAUGUGUAUAACAGCACUGCAUUAUAAAAAUGUAAAGUGCGCAUUAAUUAUGUGUAUGUGCAUUAAUUACAUAUAUUUAAUUUUGUUUAUUGAAGAUAUUCACACUGGGAGAUGUAAGAGAGAGUUUUAAGCAAACAUGAGUUUAAGCAAUGGCAAUGGGAACAUUAAACAAGCAAUAGGUUUAGAAAGCAAAAUUAUGAACAAUAACUUCUGCAUGUACAUCACAUGUUUUUCUACAUCUUUGCUGUGACUGUGAACUUCACAACAUGACAUUUUACAGAAAACGUAAACAAUCAACCACAAAUUUCUCUUUCUCUGUUGAAAUCAUGGCUCCCUAAAAAUUCAUCUCAUGGAAAGUUUGCCAACGUUUGACCAAUUGAAUCAGUUUAAGUAAUUGCAAUGAAAUUUAAGGGAAUGCAAAAUUAAUACAUUUCAUAAUGACUUUUUUACUGCCAUCACCAUUAUAGUUUUUUAAACUGGUCAUAUUAUGUCUGACAGUUACCUUGUUCUUUGUUUUUGUUCAACCCUAACUCUCUCAGUUCCAAACGCACAUAUUAGUGGUUCAGGGUCUGGUUCCUGAAAGACCAAUUAGUGCUAAUCCAGCAUUAAAAUUUUGUUCCACUUUUUGUAUUUACCUUCCUAUGAAUUGCGUAGAGUAACAUUUUGUGUUAUCAAUACUGUAUCUCAGACUAAAGGCUCAACAGUAUUUUGCAAGUUUGGGUUUCAUGUUCUAAGACAGGAAAACCCUGCUUAAAAUGUGGCUUAAUCUUGGGUUAAACUUAACCAUCUUUCAAGGAGCCAGGCCCUGCAGUUGUUAAACUUUUAUACCUUCAGCCACAUGGCCUUUUGUUUGACAUCUCUUGUCCUUUAUCUAAUAAACAGUUGUGACUCAAAUAUAAACUUCAUUAAGAUAAUUCUUUUCUUAAAAGCUUUGCAUAUUAUGUGACUGCUUUUUUUUUAAUCUGAAAUUUGUGGUCAGAUUUUGCAGACGGUUACACCAACUGGUCAAGCUGUCCAACAAGGUGGAAUACAGGUGAUAAACCAUUAAAUUUUGGUAUCAUAUAGAGAGUUUUCAAUAAUUUACAGGGUUAGCAAAUUUUAUUGAUGAGUGGAGUCAGUGUGACUUCUGCUUCACAAAUUUUGGAAUAUUUGGAGUCAAGUAUCAGACUUUCCAGCACGUGGUCCCGGCAUGUAUACACUAUCGUGAGGGACGGUAGCUGUGGCGGUCGCUGACCUGGAAAGCUCAAAUUUAUUUGGCGGUCAUUAAACUUUGAUCGUAAUUUACCCUCUUCCUGUUUUGUGGGAUGCCUGAUUUAAUUAAGGUUUAACGUUUACAAUUAACGUAAAUUGUAUUUGUUCGAAAAAGGUAAGGAUAAAACUGUGUUUGUUUUGGCUCCCUGUUUGUUACGAAAAAUUUUUUGAGUCAAAGUGACUCCCUCCGUAACCUCAGUGGAGUCAUCUGAACAAUUUUGGCGUAAAAUACGCCAAAUUUAAUAGAAAAUUUAUUUGACAUUGCUGACCAGUCUAUGGGAUGCCUGAUCUAAUCUUACUUAUUAAUUUUUUAAACAGUUUUGGUAGGUUUUUUAAAUGAAAUCUAGCUUAGACCUCGUUAAUAGGAAAUCUUUGGACCUCCAGAUCUCUUCUGUAGUGGGUUAUUUUAAGAACAUAAGUGCUUUUCCAGUCAAUACUAUAUACUUUCAUUAAAUUGUUCUCAAUAAAAUUAAUGGUGUUUAUAUGAAAGUGUUUGGCAACUGGAAAAUGACUUAGAAAUUGGUUUUGUUAAACACUGGCUAAAUUACAUUUAAAUAACUGACCCUUUGCCUUUCAUUGUCAGAGUACCCUAUCAAAAUCAUCAUGUAGAUUUUAAAAACAGUAACCAAUACUUGUAUUGGGAAAAAUAAUUAUUGUUUUCAAAUGUCCUAAAUAAAUAACAACUGUUAUGUGAUGAUUUUUUUAGGUUGAACUGAACGAGCUUGAAGCCCGCAGUGAAACAUACCCAGAGACAAGAGCAUUCCUUAAGCUGCUUAAUAACCUGACAGAGAUUCCCCUCCCCUCCACCCUGGGAUCAGGUUAUCGGGUGCCAGGCUUUGAGCCAUAUUUGGCCUUCCUAAGAGAUGAUGUGUUUCUUAAGUUUAAUUCAAGAGGAUACCAAGAUCCCAAUGAGAAGGUAGAUUUAUUUUUACUUACUUUUAAAGACAUAAAAUUACAGGGAAUGUCGCAACCCACCAUUAUUACUGUCAAACCUCCCGUAAGCGACCACCCAAAAUGCAAAGAUUUAGUGGAUGCUUACAGGAGGUGUAUGUGAAUCAAACCACAUGGGGCCUCUUCCAAGAAGAGGUCAUGACACAUGACAUUUCCUUUAUUUCAUGGAAAAAUGAUACUUUCCUCAUACGCUAACAGAGUAACUGGUACCAAUUUAAAUAACUGUUUUGUUGACACUUGAUAUGUUUUUAAGUGGUGAACUCACAAUUAAAGCAUUUAACCCAAGAACCCAAGAGUGACCGUCACUACAAUGAGCGCAUAUAAGUCUCAGAAGAUUUUAACUUUCAUUGUUUUAAAAUCAUGAGUCUUUUUAGCAGAUUUCAUACACUCAAAGUUUUGCUGAAUAGGUCUUGUUUAAUUAGAGCUUCAGGCUCACCAAAAGUUCUUGCUGAAAUAGCCUGAUUUCUGCAUUUUUUUCUUGAGUAACAAGCUUCAAUAUGGCUUUUCAACAAAAAUGUGCAAAACUCAAGGUUUAGUAUUAGUCAGUGGCCAUGGAAAGUGAUGUUGCUGACUAAAAUAUUUGAUGAAAUAUGUUUGCUUCUUAUAACAGUGGAAGGUUGCCAGUGAUGUUCUGCAGAUUCUUUUCAAGUUACUUGAAGGUUAUGUUCCAAGGCCAGAAGAUUUUGUCAACCAAGUUGCUGAGAUGCAAGGCGGAGAGAGAGUUCUUGUUCCAAAGCCACCAGGGUUUAGUCUCAUGACUUACAUGCUGAAUGACACACCUAUGCUAAGAAUGGUUAGGGAAUGUUACUCAUUUAGCUACAGUUACCAACAAAGUUAGCCUGAGAAAUGAGCCGACGUUUUGCCAUGCCACCUCUUGUUUCCUUGUGAACGAUGUGUGGGAAAUGAGCAUGGAAAUUCGGUCCUGACGACAUGUUACUACCCAGAUCUGGGUAGUGUUUCUGAAUGGUUGUGACCCACGGCAAAUUGCUUUGUCCAAUCAGAAGCACUGCCCAUAUUUGGUUAGUAAAACGUCAUCAGUAUAGAAUUUCUCAACUCAUUCCUCAGUCGUCAAUUUGUGGGAAGACCAGUGGUGGCUUGGCAAAAUGUUGGCUGUUUUCUCACUUUACUACAAAACUGUCAGUUACUGCUCAGUGAUGCAAGGGUGUGCUCCAGGAAAGGUUGCAUGGAGCUCUGAAAUUUUUAAAUCCUAGUUGUUCACUAUUCAAAUGAUAUGCAAAAUCUAAGAUUUCCUUGAUGCUGCAUUGGUGAAAGAAAAUUGCCAGUGUCCACCAAGUGCUGCUAGAUCACAGAUGUGGUGAUGGCAUGGCCUCAAGAUGGCUCACAAUAGCUUCUUUUUAUGGACCAAUACCACUACCCUCUCCAGUUGAUACUCUAGCAAUGGCGUUAAACUUAAACUUGGUUGACAAUUUAUCUCAUGUAAAAGGUUACUAUUAUCCCUUUAAGCCCCAAUAUCCACAUACAAAUUCUCCAAACUGAUCUCCAUACAUUUCCUUUAAGAAUUAGUUGAGAGAAUUUGAUGGCAGAUCAAAGCAUUUUCUCUUUAGUGAUCAUUUCAUAAAUUCUCAUAACCUAAUCUCUUGACAAGGUUUGAAUAUUGUUGGGAGAAAACUGAUGUUGGUCACCAUUGGGACUUAAAGGGUUGCCAAUCCCUUACCUUGAGCUUUUAUGGCUAUUAAAUUGCAAUUCAAAAUGAGUUCAGUGAUCCCCAUUUUUAUUAUCCAAUAUAGGUGAGCAUGUAGAAAUACAACUUUUUGCUAACUGUAAAAACAUUGUUGGGUGAGGUUCAGUUUAAGUUUUGAAAAAAUAUGACAGCCCAUUUCCCCAGUUUACAUGUAUGAAAACCCUACCAUGUCAUAACACCAGUAAAACAAACAUUGUGAUUUGAUCAAUGCAAGCUUUUCAAAACAAAAAUUUGCAGCAGCAAAGCUUAUCAUAUGAAGGUACAUGUGAGACUUUAAAGUGGCUCUGAAUCCUCUCCCUCAAUAGCUUUACUUAUCAUGUCUCUCCUCUUUUAGUUGCUGAAUGUCAUUGAUGGUGCAUCAUCUUCACUUGAACACCUCUCUGUUACCUCUGGUAAAGUUUUUUAUUUUGAUUUUUAGGACAUUGUUUCUGAAUUAAAGCAGCCUUAUUGUUAUUAGAUUAUCAGUGAAAAACCAAUUCUUCUGGUAAGGUGGUUCCUGUGAGAGGAGUUUGCAAAUGUAUUGUAAUUACUUAGCUGUUCUAAUUUAACAUGGAACUCAGGCAUCUUCUCAAAAAGUCACAAAAAUAAGAUCCAGACCCAUUGUAACAUAGUCAGAACUCCAAACUGGAAGGAGACAAACCAUCUAGCUUUUAGCAAGUACAAGGCUGAGAAGCUGAACCAAGGCUGUUAGUAAGAUUUCAAGUUGCUAAGGAUAAGCAAUUAGUAGGUGGGGGGGAAUUGAACAGGUUUUCUAUUUUCCUUUUGUUUCUUAUGAUAGUAGCCAGGGAAAAUCCACAGCCCUCAGCCCUGCUGGAGUCAGGACAAGUGAGAAGAAGUAAACCAUCUAAUGGUCAGAAGAGGAAUCACAUUGACCACUUGGCCUCAUUUUCUCCUUAAUAGUCCUGACCUUGAACUUCAUGCUCGUCUGCUGCACUCACUUAUGGGAUAAUGUAUUGUUAACCCGAAGAGGAAUGUUAUAUCUCCAGUUCCCCGUGUACCAACUUCUAGAUACACGUAAUGGUUGCGAGCAUUUAUUAUAACUGUUUAAGCACUUGCUGUGCCCUCCACUCUCUGAUAAUUUUGAAGGUUGUGAUUAAUUUCUGCAGAUGUAAGGGAGGAGCUGGAGAAAGCAACAUUGCUGUGUCUCAGAAUGGUUGAAGUUGCACUGGAAAAGCAAGGGCAGUUCAUGGAAAUAUUCCGCAGUGUUCCGCAGCAGUCAGCAGUUAUGGUAUCACCUUUGGAGGAACUCCUUCUUAGUAUUAACCCACAGUCUAAUACUGCAGACUAUCUUCUUAAAAUAAUGAAGUAAGUAAAUAAGCUGGUGGAUUGAUCUGGGGUUUAUAGUUUCAUUUUAAGACGGAAUCCAUCAGGAAAUUGAGUAAUUUUAAUUUUUAGUGGACAAAAAUCUUGUACCAGAACAAUAUUUAAACCAUAUCACAUUCUUUUUCACAUUUUUCAAGGGCCAUAGAUAUAAUUAGUUAUAUGUAAUAGCACUAAAGACAAUUUCUUAUUUGAGCCCGAGAAAAUGAAUUUCAAAUUUCACAGAAAUUGUGAAAAUGCAGGUAAAAUUUUUAUGCAUAAGAUUUCAUUUUGGUCCAUUUUGUGAAAUUUGAAAUGUGUUUUCUUGGGUUCCCAUGAGAAAUAUUCUUUGGUGUUAUUACAGAUAACUAACUACAUCUGUAGCUCUUAAAAAAAGUAAAAAUGAAUGUAAUAUGCAUUAUUCUGGAUGAAAUAUGCAUUAAUCUGGUACAAGGUUUUUGUCCACUGAAAAUAAAAAUGACUCAAUUUCCUGAUGGAUUCUGUCUUGAAAUAUUACUCAACAUGUUUGGUCAGGUAUGGCCAUAAGCAGUACAACCUGUACUGACCAAAUACAUGUACCUAGUGCUUGGGCAAAUAUUGAUUGAUUGAUUGAUUGAUUGAUUGAUUGAUUGAUUGAUUGAUUGGCGAAUGUACAUGACACUUGAUUAGUAACAACAAUGCUGCAUCACGAAACAUGGUGGUUUAAAGGAGGAAAAUACAGGAUACUCGUCUUGUAGCUAGAGUCAGGCAAUUGAAAAUUAAUGUUUGCAAGUUGCAAUAAAAUUGGUCUUGAUUUAAAUCUGGAUAAGUUUGGCAGCUGGAUUAACACUUAAGCCAAUCAAAACAGUAGUAGUAAUACACUCAAUUGUUCUUUGUAAACUGCAGUGGUAGCUUAAAAUGUUUAUUUCUGUGAGGUUGAGAAUUUUUUCUCUUUUACGGCAGAUUUGUUUCUCACCUUCACACUGGAGCUGAACUCAUUCUUUCUGUUGUCAAAAUUUUGUGUGUGGUCUGUCAAUCAACAACAGUUCAGAGACAUCUUGUGAGUUUGUUGACUGCAAAUCAGGUGAGUUCGAGAGGUACUGUAUAGUGACCAACAUCAAUUUUCUCGUUGCUAUGUCAAUUCAUAAUCAUGAGAAGAAGUCUUGAGAAUUAACGAAAUGGUCAAUCAGAGGAAAUGCUUUGAUCUUUUAACAAAUUCUCUCAACUAAGGUCAGACUAAAGAAUUGGCGAGUGGAUAUUGGGCCUGAAAGGGUUAAAUACAGUGAUGGCUUAGUUAACUGAAAAAAUAAAGCUAAGUCGCCUUCGCACUAAAAAUCAAAGUCGGCGUGAAAAAUCUUCUGUAUGCCUUAUUUUGCCAAUUAUCACGUUCGUAAGAACGCAUCCUAAUCUUGGUGUUCCUUUGGUACAAAGCCCCAAAUUUUCGAAACAUCGCGGGCGACUGCCGAUUGGCCGCCCCUACUGAUUAUAUCAGGAGCAUCCCGGCCGGCAAACUGGACUCCUUUCGACUCGAUUUCGUUUGCGUAAGUGACGAACGCGGAUCCGCAAUCAAUGAUUGCCUCUAGUAUCAACAAUUUAUAGUACAACAGAAGGCUUUGACUUAUUUGCUCUUUUAUCUUUUAACCCCAAGUCUGUAUCACAGCAAAUCCUGAUUGGAUUUGUUGACCAGCUGGAAAUAAAUGAACCGGAGGACCCUCAAGCAAAAGACGAACAAGAACUUGGAAAGGGUAGGUCUUUGUUUGUUACUGCUAGUAUUUCCGUUUAAUAAGGAAUGUUUUGUUUAAUGUGAUUCCCUGGUUUUGCACUGCGCAUCUCUUACUGCGCAUAACAAGAUGGCCUCCUGUAAAAAAGAGCAUGUGAAGUAACAUUAUUAAAAUGAAGUUGACCGAAGAGAAACGCUAUUGCAAUUUUUGCUUGCGGUUGAUUCUUGCCGAGGUGAGACUCAAUGUGGUGGGAAUGUGCUUAACGUGAGCAGUACGCGUGUUGCUGAAUUCGACUUCCUCACGGAGAACCUCGAUAGUGGAUGUUUAAUUUGUGCUUAUUCACGUUGAUUUUCAUUUAAACGCUUUCUUUAUCACAUUGUGUCCUAAAUGUGAUAUCUCGAUGUAAAUUCUGUAAAAACGGAUUUUUUAAUACUUUCUUCCCCCUUUCGCAUACAUUCUAUUUUGAAACUCGCCCCAGUCCUCUCUCAAAAAUCAAGGAAAAUGCAUUUGGUACGCACUUUCUGCAGCUCUACCGCAAAAACGAGUACGAUGACCCCCAUUUUUUAUUUCAUGAUUUUAAUAAGGACAGUACUUCCUUUCGGUGAGAAAAAAAUUGGCAGAAAUCUAUGUUCAGUUUUUUCGCAAUUUCACUAAAUUGUACGGAUUGAGCUAUGACGUGUCGAAUAGCGCGUGUCCAAUUUAAUUCUACUUUGGAGCGUAAAGUAAAACCAAGGGCAUUAAAAGGCAUUUUUCUAGUACGUAAGUGGAUAAACAAUACAUUAAAAUCAAAUUCUGUGCGAUACCACAUGCAUCAUUGAAAAAAAUCUUUCCUUUUUGUCUAGUUUUGGGCUGAGCGCGGUUUUUGUCAAAGGGUCCAAAAUAGCCGUAUUUGUCAGCAUUGUGACGUCAAAACGAGCACGGUGACCCCCACUUUUUAUGACCUUUUUAUCAUCUUCUUGACUUGUUAGAUCAGUGUACCAAGUUUCUCCUACAAUCUAUGUUAGGUUCUUUUACUAGGGAAUCACCUUAAACUCAAUCUUGCCCAAUUGGAAGCUUUUAUCCACUUUGAAUUAGCCCGUUCCAGGCCUUCAGAUUGUGGAGACGGCGCAAAAAGAUGCGAACUAGAAAGGCAGCGAGGGGGUUGGGGUAGGGGGGUUUCCGGUCGUUUCUAUACAAGUUUACUCUGUCGAGUUGUAAAUAGUUCCACGUACUUGACCUAAAGAACGAAGAAUAUUCACCCAAAAUGUUUUUCUUGUUCACGCGCAAACUAUACUGGAAGUGAAAGAAAUUUUGGUGCAAUUCAUCACUGCUUGAGUUCGUCUCGAAACGACUUGUUUCCAAACGACGACCGAUUUCCUUAGGGGGCGAGAGCGAGUUCCCUCCUCUCUCCGGCCCUCGCUUCCUCCUUACUUUUUUCCCGUUCUCUGACUUCGCCAAGCACUCUACUAUCUGAAGGCCUGGAAAAGACCAACUUUGAAUACACGUAUUCAAUACUAUACCUAAUAUAAGGGAUCUCACAAAUUUCUCUAUGAUUUCUUUGUCACAGAAUUUAUUAUUGCACAAUUAUUUAUCUCACAAUUUUAUAUAUGAUUUCCUUUGUCACAGAAUUUAUUGAUGAGAGGUCUUACGGUGCGGCACAGAUACGGAAUGCAGUAAGACAAAAUAUUUUGAGAUUGAUCCUUCAUUCACUGCAGCACCCAUCGCCGAAUCUUGCUCAUUUUCUAAUGGGUUUUGAGCUGAGAAAGCCGUCAUCAAAGACCAAUCUCCAGGACCCUGGUAAGUAGCCGGGGUAUUUGUUAUUCUAUAAGCUGUUGAGGACCUAACGUCUAUCAAAGGCCCCGAAUGCUAAUUAAAAGACUCAGAAGUCCUGUCUCCUUUACCUUCUUUGAAUUCGUACAUUCUCCUACGCAAUGAAUAUAACAUUCCUACGUUUCACUGUCACUUUCGAACUACAGUACUUAGUUUAAUUCAGUAUUUACAAAACCAAAAAUCAAGAGCUGAGUUAACUGGCACACUAUUGGCUGUAACACAGUGACAGCCGAAUUCAAAGAAGAUAAUGAAUUCAAGGGAUAUGCCGCCCAGCCGUGCAAGAUAUAUAUAUACUCUGCUAGUUUGCGAGAAACUCAAACUCGGCAGGUAAAGAGAGCACAUCCUUACAGGAGAAGAAAAUCAAAAGCAAUUCUGCAACAAUUAUUCUUGUCUUCUGAGACUUCAAGGGAGCACAAAACAAUUUGGGUAUUAGUUCUCGAAUUUUUUUGCCGGUCUCACUCUAACAUACUGGCUGUUUUGCACUUUGAAUAAUCGGUGCAUAUAUGGGUGCGUGGACCUUUUUUCAGUGAAUUUUUUAUAUUUGAUAGGUGUCCUUGGAGCAUCUAAGACAUGUCUUCAUGCAGUACUAGACAUGCUGAAUAGAGGUGUAGAUACACACCACGGGCCUUUUUGUGUGACAGAAACUCCAAAAUUUGCUGAGCUUGCAUAUCAGCUAAUUUAUAGUCUAUGCGCCAAUAAAGACACUGCUACACCAACACUGCGCUAUCUCAGGACCAGCCAUGACUUCUUGUACCGUCAUCUUCAACAUUUACCUUUUAAGAAUCUUUCCAGCAUGGUUGGUGAUGAUGGUCAACCAUCACUGCCGACGCAGACAAUUGUUAGUCAACAAUCGUGGCUUCUGAAGACUGCAGCUAUUGAACUAAGAAUGACUGCUCAAGGGCGUCAAAGGUCACACGCGCAGAGGCUUUUAGUGUUGUUAAUGGGCGAGCCCUCAGCACAGGCAGUAUUAGGCAUGUCACAGGUUGUACCAGAGCUUGUUCCCAGACGACUAGAAGAUGAUUUCUCCGCAGCUGACACUAGCCAUGUCACGUAUGCUGAUUUGGGAAAGGCACAGACUCGGCGCAAGCUUUUAGCCAUUCUGGAGUCAGUAGAAUUCAGUCAAGAGCUACCCCCGCCUUUGCAUUUGAAUUAUUUUGAUGUGUCCGUCACCGAGAAAGCCAUAAGUUCAUGUGAGCAGAAGGAGGAGGACAGUGGUGUAAUGUUCUGUAAUGUGCCUGCUCUCCAUAAGUUACUGAUGGGUGAAAUUUCAGGGGUGCAAGGAACGGCAACAGCUGGACAAAGGAACUUUUUGAUUCAGGUAAAACUUAUUUCUUGCCGUAGUGUGAAAUGUGGCCUAGUUUGGGGCCAAAGAUAACUGACUCGGCUGGAUAUCAACCUAGUUUCUGCAGAGUUACCACAGCGGGGGUAAAGUCCGGGAAAACAAGAAUUUUUUAUUCUGAAAGUUAGGGAAAUUUUGCAAACGAAGGGAAAAUCUUGGUUCUUGGUUUAACAGUCGAUACCUUUUAAAUAACUUUCGCGGUCAUGUUCUAUGUGCUCUUAACAAUUGUUUUUGAAUAAAUGGUGAACUUUUGAUUUAAAAAAAUAGAUUUUGGUCAACGUGUGGGUAUAAACAGUUGUCAAUUCCUUGCAGUGUCCUAAAAUCAUCUGUGCAGUCACAAAUGCGUUUGUGUUGGUCGCAAUGUCGAGUCCUGCAUGUUUCUUGAAAGUAUUUAAAGGAACAGAGGUCCAAGUGUCCUUAAAUAAACUCAUAGUGCCUGUAUCGUAGACGAAGGAAGGAAGGGAGGGCUCCCUCAGCAGCAUAUUGACAGUAUGUCCUUAAUUUUGUUACAGGAAGUCAAAGACAUUCUUCAUAGCGUUGUGCUUCGUAACAUGAUGCGAGAGAGCUUGCACAUCAAGAAAGAAUCCUUUGAGGCGUGGAGGAGGGUUGUAGAGGUGACCCUUGCUUCCUGUCCAGCUGAUAUUUUGCCGAAAGACACCAGACAGACUGUUAUAGCAGAUAUACUACAGGAUUUACUGUCCAAGGUACAUGUAUGACCUUCACAGUUGAUGAAUUUUAACUCUACAGUUGGUUCCUUUUAUUUUUCAUUUUCCUUCUCUUUUUCUUGCUCGUCUUUUUCUUUAUUUAUUUCCUGUAACAAAAUGGUGUCUAUUGAUCUUCACAUACCUCAUGCAGAGAAAGCACUCGCAGUUAACCGCCGUAUCACUACUCAUCUCUGAUGUACUUGGGUAAGCGCUGGUCUGUCGAGCGGGACGCCGCGAAUUCAGAGCCUAGCCGGACCAACACACACAAAGUGCUGCUUUGGUGAUGACAUUUUGGAACGGUUAAAACUUUCAAGCCUUUUCGGAUAAGGUCGAUAAACCGUAGGCUUCGUUCAAAUAAAAAUUCCACUCUUUGUUCGUAAAGAGUAGCGGAUGUUGUCCUCGGUGCAGUAGUGGUUCAUCUCAAAAGAAAUUCUCAUUCACUUUAGGGGGCAUUCAUAACUCACUGCUUCAUUAACUAUAAACUGCGCCGUAAGCAGUGUGGCAAAUGUCCAGACCAGUGUUGAAAAUUAUCCCUGAAAUACUGGCCUGCGAGCAGGCUCACAUGGGCGAAUUCGGGGAAAAUUUGGCGGUGGAACCGCCAUCCAGCAAGUGCUCGCAGGCUAUCCCUGAAAAGCCCUGGAAGAGUGGAUAAUAGAAUGCUUAGUGAAUCAGUAUACAAUGAAUUUUAGAUCGCAGAUGAGGAUGCGUUACCAGAGCUUACAUCACCAGUAUCAGGAGUCCUUCUCUCCCUCCUAGCACAUCUGCGUCAGUGUACAAUAUCCCUGGACUCAUCCACAGCUACAUCCUUACCAAUCCUAGAUGGUACAGGAGGAAGCAGACCCCUGCAUCAAGCGGCUAGCGGUAGCUCUCUACCUGUUGGACCAUCUGUGGCCAUUUUAAAGGGGCUCAUUGAGACCGUGCUUCGAUGUGGAGGCGGGCUACAACGGGUCAGAGCUAAUUUGUACGCUGCCCUGUUGUACUUCAUGCAGACCGCACCAGAGUCUCAACAAACAAAGGAAAGAGGUACCAUGCUUAAAAUGUAAAAAACAUGUCCUGUCCUUGUUCAUCGUCGAUGAUGUGUAUAAAGAGUAAAAUGUCGCCUGAUGAAGACCUACAGUUAGCGGUCGAAACAUGGCGAUCAAUACAGAGAUUUAGAAUCACGGCCGGCAAACGGCAAACGGGAUUUUACAAGUUGAGAAUUUCUCAAAAUAGGAAAUAAGUAGAUAGAAACUGUCCAAAACAGUUCUUAUGGAAAAAAUGGCGUAAAACUACUAUUUUUAAGUAGAAGUCAUGAACUAUAAACGACAAGUUAUUGGAAAACUUGGUCACGUUGUACAAAUUCACGUUUACCGUUUGCCGUAAGCGUGGCUCUAAAUCUCUUUAAUAUCUAAGUGACAGUCGUGAGACAAACGAUAAAACGAAACCCUUUAUAUGCCCUGUCCUCUUCACCGCCCGGUUUUGGCCAAAGAAUAAUUGUUACUAGUGAUAUAGUUCCUAGCGUCUCGGUCUGUUUAUUGUGGGUAGAAUUUUAUUCACUCUUUUAUUACCUCAAUAGAUCUCGUUAGCUUUUAUGUUUUGUUUUCCCAAUGUAAGUCAUGUGAUAAUAAUUUUGAGAACUAUUUCUUUCAAAUUUCGGAUAAUUCACGUGCAUAUGUAAGCAUAAUUAUUUAAGAAAAGACAGAGGAUCAAAUUCCCCUGCGACAUUGAUUGAGAAAACAUAGCAUACAAGCUAAGUAGGUCUAUUGGUAGAGCUGUAGUUUCUAGGACGAGUACUCAGAAACGUAACACGUCUGAGGGCGAGAAUACCGCCUCUGCCCUGCAAGUGGCUAGACCUUCGCCCAGAUUGAAUUAUGAAGCAGAAGUUGUGAGGCCAGGGACGGAAAACAUUUGCCUCGAGUAGAACCUUGUGCUUAUUGCGUUAAUGCUUUGUUUUGUUAACAGGUGUAAUGGAAAACGUGUUAUCACUUUACCCUGGUCAGUCAUGGGACACCAGUAUUUUGCCUGUACUGUCCAGCUAUGGUGAACCAUUCAUGGACGCUGUCUGUAGAGACUCCUGUGAUGGCCACGACGUAGGAAGGGUAAGACAAGAGAAAUCUUGUUACAUCGGGCUUGCCUGUGACCCUGGGCUGCCUACAGAUUGUAGCCGUACUACCGUAGUAGCCUCUUGCAAACUGUCUCUUUUGCUCAAGCGUUGCUUUUUCGGACCCUGUUCAAAACCGUGCAACGCAAAAUUGUGCAGAAAACGUCCGCCUACCCGUGUUGCACGGCGUCAACGUUGAACUAAACAUUGUUGCGCUAAAAAUCAUCGUUACGAAUCGUUCUGUGAAACGAAACCUUAAGCUUUACGUGCAGAAGGGAACUAAAAAGUGUUUUGUUUUUUAUGCAGAUGCUGGCAUUUUCUCUUUUGGAUGCAAUAGUUGCUGUUGACUGGCAACAGCGUUGGUUAAACUAUCUCAGCCUUAAGGGAUACCUCAGGCACAUGGUGGAGGGACUAGCUCAUGAGGACCACAUACUGCAGUCAAUGUUGAACCCUUCACCUGAGCCCCUGAAGGUAACGGCCCUAGGGGCUUUGACUUUUACGUGUUAAGAAAGGUGUCUUUAAGGACUAAAACUAUUGUGUUGCAAGAGGUAUGCACGGCCAUAGAUAGGAUUUGUAGCGUUUGUUUAUAAGCAGGCAGUUAUUGCUGCUGCCUUUUGAAAGAAACAGAGCACAUUUGUAACAAUAGAGUUUAAGCUUCACGUAUACGGCUAACGGCAAACGUCAGACUCAAGUUGAGAAUUUCUCAAAAUAGAAAUUGAGAAGAUAAAAACAGCUCAAAACAAUUCUCAUGGGUAUAAACUCGCGUGAAACUACUAAUUUAGGUGUAGAAAUAAUGAACAGUAAACGACAAGUAAAGGAAAAACUUGGUCACGUGGUACAAAUUUGCGUUUGCCGUGUGACGUAAACGUGAUCCUUAACCUCUCUAAUACCUCGGUGUCAUCAUGCAUGAGAGUGGCCAUGCUGAGACAGUUCUUGCCACCUUCCAAGGAAGUUAGGCCCGGUUCAGACGCCGCUCCACUCAUGCGCCGAACCUAGCUGAUGAAGUAGGUACGGCAAAAGAGGGGUAUCUGCAUCAAUUUGGUACGGCAGUUUUAUUUUGGUGCGGGAAAAGUUCGACAGAGUCUGUCGAAAGUUUGUCGAACUUUUGUCGAACUUAACUUACCCUCGACACACGGUGCGCCGUCUGAAUCAGAUGUCGUGCCAGUGUCGCUCCAAAGUCAAAAUUAUUCAAUAAGGUUCGGCACAUGAAAAGUACCGCGUCUGAACCAGGCCUUACAAUUUUUUGAGCGCAAAAACCUAACGACUUUCGUGAUUGGAUAACCUGAGAAAACAGUUGACGCUUCGCAAACCCACCACUGGUUUCCCCGCGAAAUGACGCCAGGGAAACGAGCGCAGAAAUUACUAUACUGAUGACGUGUCACUACUCAGAUCUCAUUGGUCGUGCUGCGUGGGAAACGUGCUUCAACCAAUCAGAAGAACUACCCAGAUCUGGGUAGUGACACGUCAUUAAUAUGGGGUGGUGUCACGAAAUGUCGGCUUUUUUUCUCAGGCUAGUGAUUGGAUUAUCUUGUCUUUUUCACAGUCAUGUUUCCGAGGAUUUUCUUCAUCCGUCGUGUCAUUUUUACCUUUCCUAGGGUUCGAACUGUAUUUGGCUUUUCCUAGCGCUCUAGACUAAAUGCUAAGACAGAAAAAGCUACUCUAGAAACGUGUUAACAAAGAACUUGGAGCCUUGUUUUAUUGCUUCGUAGAUUCAUAUCCUAGAUUAAAUACAAAAGAUUAGCAUUAUCAUAAAGGAUGUGUUGAUUGACGGCGUAACUGUCUUUUGCAACAGGCAUUGUACAUUUACGAGUCCAAAAUGGCCCUUUUAACCCGCAUUGCACAGUCUGCAGAAGGCGCCAAGGUGCUUCUUCAAGCGGGGCUAUUAUCACGUUUGGCAGAAUGCACCUUCCUUGAUCAGAGGCCUGAGCGUGAGAGGACUGUAGGUUUGAUGUCCAGGAGCCUUCAUGGUCCCGAUCAAGACGUGAGCUCUGCUGUGCCUGACUCAUUUGUCCCCUCAGUUAUUGAUAGAUACAGACAGCUACUUAUGCCAGCUCUCAAGGUCACACUGGCCAUCUUGACAUCACUUGGAUCACAGCACAGGGAGGCUGCUACGAAGGUACGUAAAUGCCAGCUCCAGAAACUAUGAAAGGAAUGGGUACAAGCUUUCGGCUCAACGACGUCUGGGAUUGUUUGGGUAAACAAGCGUUAUGUACUUAUGAUUGGUUGCCUUGAAUGCCAUCGACCAAUCAUAUGACUAACUCUUGUCCACCCAAACCAUCCCAGAGCUUGUACUCAUUCUUCCUUGAGUUUCUGAAGUGGGAAAUAGUACGAAGAGAAAAGCAACUGAGAGAUUUAUCCUUGUGUUCACUGUCCUAACAUCAACACGCUUAUCCUUUACAGUUGUCUCGAUUUGUCAGUAAUACCAGUUGGGAUAAUUUGUUUUAAUAUCAGCUGUUUUAUGGGCUUCUCGGAGACGGGCUGAAAGGACUAAAAAUGACUGAUAAAAUCACUUAAAAUGACCAUCCAAGUAGUUUUAAGAAAGUAGACCCAGUCGUGGGUUGCCAUUUUAUGUUUGGUGUUUGCUUAUCGGCCUUUGAGCCAACUGUGUUGUUGCUAAUGGUUUUUGCAAAGUUGUCUUGUCCGUUGAUAUGAUGUCCAACGUUUCCGGCCUCACACGGCAGGCAAAUUGAGAGAAGACUAAUAAGAACGUCUUGUAACGAAAGUGUCUUUAUUUAGAUUGUGCUUUUUCCUCCACCCCUUCCCCCUUUUAUUUUCCACUUAUAUAUCUCCUUGUCACAGGCGCCUGGCUCCCUUGGCGUGGGGGCUCAUGGCUGGAGGGCGCGGGUUUGCCAGCCGUGGGGGCGUAACUUUUUUUAGGGACUGGCUUUGCCAAAAGUUGAAGCCCCUGGACAUCCCGGGCACCAACUUCCACUUAGCGACGCAGUUGUUAAUUGCAGGUUUUGCACUUUGUGGUUGCCCAUGUGGACGUUUUUAUCAGCAUUCUUCAAGACCGACACACCGUACAUACAUCAGGCUCGUUACACGAAGUAGGGCUUGUUACAGGCAUCAUGUGCAACAUGGGGUUGACCGAGGCGAGUUUAACAGCUGACGAAGAACUGGGGCAAGAACAAAUCCAACUCAGGGGACCCCUGGCAAGAAUCCAACGGUUAAUGAUUGGGUUGUUUCCAAGAUACUGUUCAAGUGAUAGUUGGGAAAAAGUAAGUUGUAUUUGGAGCGAAAAAGGAAAAUCGUCGUAUAAAGUGUCUCUUUCCCCACCUGAAUGGAAAAAUUUGUGUUUGAAAAUUUUGUGUUGUAGGAUUUCUUGUCGUUAUGAAGUUAUUUCACUUAACCAGGUUUUUCCACCUAUCCCCUUGACGUUUAGAUCUUAGCAACCUUAUUUCAAUUCAUUUUUCGGUCUGUAUUGGUAUUUUUAUUUCCUCUGAUAUCAACUUCAAUACAUUUGCAUUUCUAAAUUCAUAGUUGUUCGCUGCUUUGUCUGGUGGCCACAAAACCAACCUUUUUAAAAACGCUUUAUUGUUUCACAUCCUGCAUUACAAAAUGCGACUUUGUUUUCCUAAAGAGAGACACACUUUUACCUUAAAUGAUCCACCCUCACAUCAGUCUUGUUCUUUGAUUCUGUUGGGAUUUCAUCGCUUAAAUGACAGACUAUUUGUGGUUUAAAAUUUUUAAUCCUUUUUUUUGCAGAUUAUCAAAUCUAUGUUGGAGGAAAACAACGAAGAGCCUGGUGCCAAGUACAGUUUGGUAGCCAUGGAAACCACCGAAAAACUGCAAAGGAUCUGCUCUAAUAUUGUUGGCUAUUGUAAAACCGUGAUGUCUUUAACAGGUAUACAUACUUAUUUUUCUAUCAAUACCUAUCUUCCUUUCUCCCCUAUUCUUGUUCAUUUGCAUUAGAUGCGACGUUUGAGCUGGGUAUAACAUCACACACACAGUUACCCUUUUCGAGGGGCAGGUGAUAGGGUGGCGGGGUGGGGGGCGGCAAUGUUCAACUGAUCGCUCGAUUGAGUUUGAUCAGCCUUAAGGUGGAUUUCCAAUUUUUUUAAUUUUCUCGUGCUUACGCGUGUAAAAUUUACGUGGGUUAGUAAAAUAGCGCAAUGUAUGGAAGGUGGCGCGUAAACGUAACAGUUGAACCUCGCUCAACGUUCACUUUAGCGCGGGGACUUCCAUACAUCGCCUCUGUUUUAUCAACGCAGGUAAUUGUUGCGCGCGUAAGCACGUAAAAAUUACGCGAAAGUGGAAAUAAGUCUGAAUUAGAAAAAGAAGAGUGUGGCAAGGAGAAGCAAGAUGAAUAAACCUCUGCCUUUAUCGAAAGAAAUGAAAAAAAUUUGCAAGCCACAGUAGUACAGUAAGCAUCGAACUACUACGCAAUUUUGAGGGGGGUGGUGGGCGGAGAUAAUAUAUUAUCGUAUGUGACGUCAUGAAUAGGCAACUCAAUAAGAUCACGUCAGACUGUUCUUAGAAUAUGACCAAUAUGACCAAUAUGACCUGUUUGGCAGGUUUUUUUGGAUCGGUAAUGUCACCGAUUAGUUGACUACUAAUUAGAAAUGCUCAUUGGUUCAUUCAUAUGGCAAAAAUAUCCUGGAGAUUCUAUGCCCUCUAUACUACUAGCCAUACACAGGUGUUUUCAGUGAACUUAUAUGGUGCCUCUUGACCGUUUAAUAGAACCUGUACGCACUGAAUAAAACUUAACAGACUUAAAAGCCAAUACUGAAACAUAACUUGAUGGAGCUUGAGUAAAGGUGACUAGCUGCUCCUUAGAAGGCGUCCGUUUUUAACUAAGAAAAGCCAUUUUACGGACGUCGUCAAGUGAUCUGUAAUUAUCGUUGAUAUUGUUUGGUCCCCCUUAGGUUCUGUUGGCUCUCACUGCCAAGCGCUGUUUUCACCAAGUCUAACCGACUCAUUGUCACGCGAUGCUCGUCUCACCAGAGACGGUAAGCAAAUGAAUUAACAACAUUAGGGGAAUGGGGAGUUUCUUUGUCUUAAUCCGUAUAGUGCAAUCAUCAAAUAACCUAAUUUUUAAAAAUAAUCGUUUAAUCAUUCAAGUGACGACAGCGAACAAUACACAUACAGUUUACAGCUAACCAAGUGGUUUUCGCAACGUCAAGAAACGCAUCCAAGCAAAGGGAGUGCUUUGCUAAAGCAGAUCGCAAAGUCUUAUAAUGACUAAUAAUAAUGUAAAAAAUUAAUAACGCGCAAAAUUUCGAUGUAACUAUUAUAAUCAAAUGCGCGAUAGUUUUCCAAAUGUCAUUUAUUUAUGCAACUGGGCGAUAAGCUAUCUUGAAACAUAUACUUUUAAUCAGCUUUGUUGAUGAUGACUAAGGAAACGGGAAACACGAUCGAGACUGGUGAAUUACUUCACUAUAUUAGGGACCUUAAGAUCCGAGGACGGCGACGGCAGCGAAAACAUUGCUUAAAAAGCGUUCAUUCAAUCUUCAUCGCGACAGUUCCAACUCACUUACUUUGUCAAAUGUAGGCGAACUCUCCUGGAGUUGAAUUCCUAAAAAACCAUAUCCGAGUUCAGAAUGAGAGAGAAAAUUUCAUAGUAGCUUGUUUACGUCCUCCAUAAAACGUGAAAUUGGGCAUUUUCUCGUCGUAGUCGUGCAGUGACGGCAAAGAAAUGUACAAAAAAGCGUGAUGCACGUGCAAAGUUGCUGUUUUGCUAAUCUUAACCUAUCGUUUUUUUGAAGUUCCCGUUGCCGUCGCCGUCGUCGGAUCUUCAGGUCCCUAUUGAGAAGGAAGCGACGGUAGUGACAUGUGUAGAAGGCUUAACUGCAGAGACCACUAAUUAUGCGUUAUCUAGAAUGUAGAAUUGUAGAACACUGCUCCUGGCUGAUAAAAGUUUUAACUGUGGGUUAUGGGAGUUCUUGUUGUCCCUUCUGCUCCUUUAUUCACUCUCAUGUCUUGUACCCGCUGUAGCUGUUCGUUCCUCCGCCGCUGCGUCGUCCCACCGACCUGUUAGCCUUGGUCUGCCUGUGGCGUUCAUGAAGAAAUGUAGUGAACAGAUCUUUCAGACGGCUGAGUUAUACUCUCAGGCGCGCUUGAAGCUACAGAACCUGACAGAACUCACCAGCGAUGAACUGAGAGAGGUACAGAGCGGUUAUGAAUGUUAAUAGAGAAUUACUGUCUCUGUAGCACUCAUUUUCCAUGUAAUGUCAAGCGUAUAUUCAAUGGAUGAUGACCGAGAUCCAGUGAACCAAUGAGAAAGCUGGGAAUGCAUUAUCCAAAGUUGAGAAUUUAAUAACGUUCGUUUUCUCGCUUUUUUGCUGUCUACAAUUCGUCAAGUGGGGAUUUCACUGAUGUAGGAAACUUCAAAACACGAAUUUGCCCACGUAUGUCUAUGACUGAACGCAUGCUUUGAUAAAUAUAUUGCUUCACAUUCUUGAAAACGUUCGUUAAUAGUUUCGUUUACCUUCAGUUCAGUCAAUCUCGUUUUAAUGGAUCAAUACAAGAAAGACUCACCACACAACAGAGGCAUCAGCUGGCUCAAAAAUGUCUCACACAGAUCGUGCAGUUCAAGGGACGUGAAAUUUCUUCUCAACUAUGUAUCCUUUGAUAAUACCCUAGGAACACUCAACAGAUCAAAUUGGAAUUUAGAAAUGUGGCUUGGGUUCGGGCGUUCACUCCCCCUAAGAAAAAGGGAGGAAGAGCAGCCUGAUCGCUGGUUAUAAGAAGUGAUGUUUUUUUAGGAGAAGGGCAAAUCGCAGGUCCUUGAGAAAAACCACUUGGAGCAAGGGAGGGAACCAACAACAACUCAUAUACGGCAUCGCCUUCGAGACACAAACCCGGGCCAAUUUGACGGGUGCAGAGUGCUCUUACCAUUACAUUGUAUCGUGGAGCCUUCCUUUGUCUUAAGACCGUAGAUCUGAGACAGAGCAGUAGUAACAUCACUGAUGCAAGUGGUUCGACUGCAGUAUGGGAGACGGAACGUAUUUUUAACCUUAACUCUUUUACAACAGACAUUAUCGAGAACUGUUUAUUCAUUAUAUGGCGUCAUUUGGAUUUUUACUUCUCGCAUUGCAUCCCAUCAGAUGAAGAACGGCGCAUGCUUGCUGGUCCAACGCUGGCCGGAAGUCGUAUGAGAAGAUUACAAGGUAUUCGCUUUCGAGUUCGGAUUCUUGUCAAGUUAUCUGCUAACUUAGAAAAGAACAUAGACAGCUAUUACUCCUUUGCAGCCGUAACCCGUGCGCAGUUACCCCGUUACCACCGCAGCUACCACAGCAAAAUGCAAAAUUUUGAAUCUCUGUCGGUUCUAAACAUUUGAUCCUUCACCUUCCGUGCCUAUUUAAAUAUUUGGCUACAUUGAAUUUUUCUCUGCACUGCGUUGAUUAUGUCUUUCUGUCCACCGUAAGGCUUCCAAUCGCGUUUUACCAAUUAUACUACUUUAUGAGAAAUUUCUUUAAUUUGGUUGGCUUGGAGCAGUGGUAUUUCAGCUUAAUUUGAAAUACCUGCAUGUGAAAAUUACAAAACGUUUGCGGGUAGUUGUAUAAACAAAUAAUAGCAUGAUUUGUACGUGAUAUUCCGCAUAAAUACCACUCUUGAUAUUUCAAAAUUGUCUCAAAUUUCACUCGCCUAACGGCUCGUGAAAUUACUUAUAACCAUUUCGAAAUACCACUCGUGGUAUUUAUGCCAAAUAUCACUACUAAUCAUGUUAUUACCUAUACUAAGUAUACUGAAGGGCAUCAGAAACGAGACGCAGCGCUAACUCAUUUCUGCCAUGAGCCUUCGGUAUUUGGCGUUUUGUUAUGUUGGUGAUUCAGUCAAAGUAAUAAGUGUUCGUUUGUUUAUGUAACUAGACUGGGCGUCACCCUCCAGGAAUUCUGCGUUUUCAUCUGAUCCUAGUCACGAAGCUUCUGCUGGAGUUGGGGGUGGUGUAACGCGAGAGGAAAUAGAUGCUGUAAGUCAAACUCGUUUGGGAAUAGUAUAAACAUAGGCCAUUUAACGUGCAUGCACCUGAUUGCUUCAGUCUAAAUGUUUCCAUUUUACCACUGAUAAUGUAGGCUGCAUUGUGGUUUAUUGUUUAAAAUUAUCCAGAAAUUAGGUGUCAGUGCACAUUAAAAUGAUGAAUAGAGCAAAUUUGUGGCGAAAAACGUAACGUUUUUACAGUCCUCUAUUUUUCUGUAUGAUCGUCGAAAUCGAGCGUUCGCUUUUUACCAUCUCGGUUUCAUAUAUUCCGAAGGACAUGCGUCAGGGACUCGUUACUCGAAAGGCACGGAAACUUUUCGGGCCCGAAGGCAGAUUAUAAACCAUCAAAACGUGUCGAGCAGUAGCACAGUUCCUAGCUCACAAACCAGUCAAUUUUGCUUCGUUCACUGAUAGUUUCAUUGUAUCAUUGUCAAUAUUAUUAAAACUUUGAUCUUGAAUGUAUAUACAGCAAACACAAAACAGCUUUCCGGGCCCGAAAGCUACCGGGACUUUGGAGAAACAGGCCCCAGGGCUUAUAACGGUAAGGGGAGGGAUGCGAGCUCCUCUCAAGACUUAACCCGUCCCCUCAAGCACAUUUGUUAAUUUUGAAGCCAAGAUGGCGGAUUUUUACAGUAAGCGCUCGAUCUCGAUAAUUCUGACGGGAAAUAGACUAUAAACAUUCUGCUGCAAAUACAAAAGCUGCGCACAAGUGUGUCUCUCACUGGGCGACCUUUCUUGCUGCCAGGAGUGAAGGCAGCGGACUGAACAAUUUGACCGUUCACAAGGAACUUUUCAACAUUUUCGCUCUGUUCACACGCAACUGACGAAUCAGAGCGUUACUGUAGCAAAUCAAAGUGGCAUCUCGCAGCUGGGGUACCACGCAUUUAUGCAGCCGUACCUUUGUAGUACAGGAAUUUGGACUGUUGUGGUGUUCACACCGUGUCGGUCAAAUUUUCCGUACACAGAUUUAGACGGUCAUGGUGUCCACAUUGCGCCGCUCGGUUGGGGCAGGGGGGGGGAGGGGGGCUCUUCCCGCCCCACCUCCAGAGCACCCCGGAAAACUUGCUCGCAGGCUAUCUAAAAGGAGUUCUUUUGUUUCUCUUAUGUCUACGAUUUUUGUUUCAUAGGCAAGGUUAAUACUCCUGGCUCGCUGCAGUAGUACUAAAAGUAUAUUGCACUUUCCUUGCAGCUUAAAAGAGAAUCCAUAAGUACCCUGACAGAGGCGUUUUUAAAAAAGCUCAUUGAAAUUGAACAGGUACUGAAAUAUGGCAGGCAGGCGCUUUGUACUGGCUCUAUUAAAUUCAUGUGUGUGGAUAAGGAUGUGUGUGAGACUUUGGGACUGACCUUAAUACCGUAAACUGCCGGUUAUAAGCUCCGACCCCACGCAUACCAUUAAUCCCCUCAGUCAUAGGCCGAUUUGGCUGUAAACAAGAAAAAAAAUUCCGAUUACAAUUGUAUCGAAAUGAAUUCGAUUAAUUAUGAAGCCGUGAAGAUUAAAAAACCAGUAAAUACAAAACGUAUUUUGAUCAGCACUGAUACAGCUUGCUUCGAAGCGCUUUUUCUAUUCUGGUUUCAAGUCCCCUCGGAUAUAAACCCCUGUCUAUAAGCCUUCCUAGAGUGAUGCUAGAGGUUUUGCCUUGUUCCGUGCUAACAUGCAACGUUGUUCUCAUCUGAGCGUAUACGAACCUUUCUUGAUCCCUUGUUUUUUCUUUACAUACUUUCAUGGUAGAAUGUAACGUUUUUUUUUCCUUUGAAUUUUAGACGCACGGAAAGGGACGUACCCGAGUCGGUUUUAUCCAAGUUCUUGUUCGGCGCAUUAAACGUCUUUUGACACUCCACGGAACGCCUGCGCGUUCAGAGCAAAUGGUCAGCGGGUUACGUUGACCAAUCACACCCGUUCUAAACUGCAAACAGAAAGUGUUGACUAUGCCUUAGACAUUUAGCGCUCUACUCCAACAAUACCUGGAAUAGGCGCUUGCGUAGAAGUAACUGCUGACAAGCUAAGAAGCAGCACCGAGAGAGGCCCCACGAUGAUCACGGACCUGGGUUGUAUUGUUACCGGACCUUAACGUCUUUGUAAAUAUCCGUAAGGUCGUGAAUUGACUCUUGUCACCUUUACGGUCUGUAACCGAA